AUGUCCGGAACUGUUUUACGAUUUAAUUAUGAAAUACCGUCGGCGAUAUCGAUAGCCCGCUGUUUGGCCGGUGUACGAUAUCGGCCGUCGCCGUCGUCGAUUUCUUCUUAUUCAAUAAGUGAGUGGACAGAGUGGCGGAAUAUUUGUUUUUUAUUCUGAUUAGUUAUUAUACCACCGCGAUGAUAUAUGGGGCCGGUAAAAUAUAUAUAGUUAUAUGUGUAGUAAUAUUUUAUUUUUUUUUUUACAUUUUUUUUUUUCUGGUCAUCGAACUACAUGCGCAUUACACGAAUAACGUUCUGGUGGAUAGAUAUAGCCGCGACUGAAACUACCGGCGACUAUGACGACGACGACGACGACGGCCAUCAUGUCAAACUCCGUUGUAGUUGUUAUACUAUAUGUACCUAGGUAUAGGUAUAUAUACACACGGUGCUGCACACACGAACAUUACUUGGAAAUACGCGUUUCAUUGUAGUUGAUCGUAGUUAUAUACAUAUACAUAUAUAUAUAUAUAUAUAUAUAUAUAUACACACGUAGAUAAUAUUAUAUAGGUAUAGGUACGUACCUACUGCGGGAUUAUUACUCCGCGUGUACGAAUAAACCUAUAUAUAGUGUACCUUAUGAUGUUUAUAAUGAAGAUAUACGGUAUAAUAUAUAGGUACGUAAUGUACGUGUGUGUGUGUGUGUGUGUGUGUUUUUUUUUUCACGAACAUCGAGCGACUAUAUAAUAUUAUUAUUAUCAGCGACGUUAUUCCGCCGUGCGCGGCGAACAAUAUGUGGUGAACAUGGACGCGUUUGGUGUGUAAUACGCGGCGUAAUGUUACUGAAACCGACGGAUGGGAAAUUAUUUACAUACGCACACACAGCCGUAACGAUAGUGUGGAAUGAGCAGGAGACGUGCGAGACGGAGGAGACGAGCGUCGAAAACGAACGGGAAUAAAGGCUGCAACGACGGUACCGAUCGGUUUGUGGCGGUCUGCCGAAAACCACGAGAUUUAUCGUGUUAUAAUAACAAUUAUGUACUACGGCGAUAUAUACAUAUAUAUCGCGAAGUUUAGUUUCGUGUUUAGGAAAGGGCUAAGCGCGUUUGGACCGUGAACGUUUGGGCCACUAAUAGAACUGCAACCCGUUUGGACCAAUACUUCUGAAUGUCUACAAAAGCUCGUUAGAUAAACGUCCGGUUAAAUUACGUAAACUAAUUUUUAAAUUAGGUAAUAAGUAAAUUAUUUAGGUUUACGUACAAUUUCUGUGUAACAAUUUAGCUUUGACACAUACUAAAAAUCCAGUUAUGUUAAGAACUUUAUUGAGUAGUAUCAAGAAAAGGAGAAAUGAAUUGAUUGGACAUGUAUUGAGACAUGGUGGGUUGCUAAGAUUAAUCAUAGAAGGCUGCGUGGAAGGAAAAAAUGCUAGGGGAAGACCACGAAUGGAAUAUAUGCAACAAAUAAUAGAGGACCAAGGGUGUACUUCUUAUAAAGAGACAAAGAGGAAGGCAAGUAACAGGGAAGAGUGGAGAAUUGCUACAAACCAAUCUCAGGAUUGA